AUGGAUGAAAAGGCAGAGGCACUUGCUCUGAUCACCAGAGAUAACAAAAUAGAUAUUCAUCGUGUUGGGGUUGACGUCUGCAAAAAUUUUCCCCUCCAUCAUUUUCACCGGGCUCAGAUACGCCGCCUCUAUACAGAUAUCACCGUUGAUAUCUGCCACUCGGUGGGAAUUCAGCAAAGCGAGGCGUCAGCGUAUACUAGUGCCAUGAUCGAACGAAUCGACCAUACUGGGCUACUUUAUCCUACAAAACUUGACGAUUACGAAGACAUGGGCUUCAUUCGACAAAGUUUGCUCAAAGUCAUGAGAUUGCAUACACAGACUGGCAAGAUUGUCUGUCCGCCAGCACACGUCAUGGGCUGUCUAAUUGCCGCAGUAGCCUAUCGAAGGCUUCAGCCUGACAGUGAAGAGUUCUUUCAAAAGAACGAAGAUUUGGUCAAAGUGUUCGGCGAGCUCAACGUAAUCCAGUGGCUAUCAGUUGCUAUUCAAGUAUUCGCCGAGGUCGGCUCGCGUGUAUUCCUUAUCGAACUGGACGAAGCCUGCCAGAAGCCUGUGGCGAAACUCGAACAAUUGGGUGGUAACACUUGUUGGGUGGUCACAACCAAAAUGCCCCAGGUGAACAGAUUUGAGGACAUUCUUCGCCAAGUUCUUGACUCAACGUACAAGACGCCUAGCCCAGUGUAUCCAAAACUUGAGCCGCAUGAUAGGCCUCUUCUAUCCGUUGAGCCUGACGACAUCCCGAACAGCCCCAUCUCUCUUAACGAAGACGAUGAGAUGGAAAACACUACCAUCACAUUACACGAUUACACUCGACAGAUGAAUAGUCUCGGAAAGAGACUCGCAACUCCAGACAGGGCUACAGUCAAACGAAUCAGACGAGAAAUUCUUAAGAAUCCGGAUCAGUCCCAGGCCACAGACCAAUACGUCGAUGUUGAAGAAUUGCUCAGAUUCAACCUGGAGAAAAACAUCAAACACGCUGUGAAGGAGGCCAUCGCCGAUGUGAGACAAACACAAGAGUACUUCGACACCUACAGUCGUUACAAGGAUGUUUGGAUGAUCUGCGUUCGACAGCAAGGCGGUGUGCCAGAAAGUCUUCGUGAUCUUGUCAAACAUCACUGCACUCCUAGUCAGGUUUUUCACCUGCUGGAACUGGAAAAGGAACAUCUUGCUAAGGAGGAAGUGGAGGUUGAAGUUUAA